AUGCCUGGCGACAGAGAUGACGAGAUUUGUCAAAAGGCACUUGAACUCCUGUCAGAUCUUUGCUCGAAAGGGGAAGUGCAGAACGAAAACUGCCUGGAUUUCAUUUACUAUUUCCGAGACCUUGCCAGGCCACGCUACAGUGAUUCAGAUAUAUCAGUGAGUCUACUGUCACUGGUAGUGACUGCUUGUGGCUUGGCGCUGUUUGGGGUCUCCCUCUUUGUCUCCUGGAAACUCUGCUGGAUACCAUGGAGGGAGCGUGGGCUUUCUCCCAGCACCAAGGAGCCCCAUGGGCACCUCAAUCCCACCAUGAGCCCUCUGCCCUCCCAGCCCCCACCCCGGCAGCCUGUUUAUACUGCUGUGGACCCCCCAACCCACACCCUCAUGCCCACACCAGAGGCAGCUAUGAAGAUCAGUCACACAUCUCCAGACAUUCCUCUUGAUGCCCAGAGUAAAAGCAGGGAAAAUGGGGUUCACACUAACCCUCGUAUGCAGAGACAGACAACCGAACCCCCACCCUCUGGUCGCUCAAUGCAAGGGUCCAUUCGCAGACAUAUGAACCUGUCCAACCCAGACUUCAACGUGGCCCAGUUCCAGAGGCAGGAUUCACUCACUGGAAUGGGGCUGGGCCUUGGCCGCCUCAAACCUGAGCUCUACAAACAACGCUCACUAGAGGGGGAUGAGGGUGGGCGGAGAAGCGGUGGCUGUGGACGCCUCCACUUCAUCCUCAAAUUUGAUUGUGACCUAGAACAGCUGAUAGUAAAGAUCCACAAAGCUGAGGACCUUCCAGCCAAGGACUUCUCUGGUACCUCUGACCCUUAUGUCAAGAUCUACCUGCUUCCUGAUCGUAAGACCAAGCACCAGACGAAGGUGCACCGCAAGACGCUGAACCCUGUGUUUGAUGAGGUCUUCCUGUUUCCUGUGGCAUACUCUGAGCUGCCCACACGCAAAUUGCACUUCAGCGUCUACGACUUCGACCGCUUUUCCCACCAUGACAUCAUUGGCCAAGUGGUUGUGGAUAACUUUCUGGAUCUGGUAGACUUCCCACGGGAGACAAAACUUUGCCGGGAAAUCCAAUAUGUUUCCUCGGAUAAUGUGGACCUUGGCGAUCUGAUGUUUUCCCUCUGUUACCUGCCUACAGCCGGCAGAUUGACCAUUACCAUGAUAAAGGCCCGCAAUCUCAAGGCUAUGGAUAUCACUGGGGCAUCUGACCCAUAUGUUAAGGUUUCACUGAUGUGUGAUGGCCGCAGAUUGAAGAAGAGGAAGACGUCCACUAAGAGGAACACUCUGAAUCCUGUCUACAAUGAAGCCAUCGUCUUUGAUGUUCCUCCAGAAAACAUAGACCAGAUCAGCUUGUUGAUUGCAGUGAUGGACUAUGACCGUGUAGGCCAUAAUGAGGUCAUUGGUGUGUGUCGGGUUGGCAACGAUGCAGAGAGCCUUGGUCGAGACCAUUGGAGUGAAAUGCUCACAUAUCCUCGAAAGCCUGUCGCCCACUGGCAUUCUCUUGUUGAGUACCAUGGGACCACAGGUAGUAGCCAGGGAGGUUCCUGUAAUUCGCUGAAGACGCCCCCCUCUCCGUAGCCUUGACCACCAGUUCACACAGAAGCACCUGUCAAUCUGAAGCCCAAACCGAGCCUUUGGACA